CGCCGGCAUAUGACCUAUAUUACAAGGAAGCCGAACCUCCAGGUAGGUGUGUGCUGUACUGUCGCGACAUAUUCCAGAAAAGCUGUCUUGACAAGAUAUAUUUUGCAGUCUAAAUCAGCGCAAUACAUACAAUGGACGCCUUCCCCAAAUGUUCUGUCUGCCAGCAGCAGUUUACCCUGAAGGGCCCCGCCCCCUACCUACUGCCCUGUCUACACGCUGUGUGUGAGACGUGUGUGACAUCUGCAGCUGCCGGUGUGAUAUCAUGCUCCACGUGUCAGAGGGAGGUCAACCUCAAAGAAACAACCCUCCAGCAGGAUGCAGUGAGACAGAAGGAAAUAUUACACCUGACGGUCAAACAUCGCCCCACAGAGCUUCUCUGUACACACGAAGAUGACGGCAACCAGGCUGUGUGUUGGUGCCCAGAGUGUGAAGAGUUACUCUGUGAAUACUGCCAGAACAUGCACAACAGUUUCAAAGCUACCAGACGACAUGUUGUUGAAACCAUUGUGGACACGGCACCGGGAAGCAUGAAGGCUGAACCAGUUUGCAAACUUCACAAUCGUUAUCCUCUGGAAUAUUUUGACAAAAACUGUAACAUUUUAAUCUGUACAAAAUGCAGGCUUGGCGACCAUGCUGAACACGACGUUGAGGAUUUAGACGUAGCUUCUGAUGCUGCUGAAAGGCGGAUAAAACAACAUGGGAAGAACGUGACUGCACAUCAUACGUCUCACCAAGCAUAUCUGAAGAGCAUCAGCAAAGUCAUCAAUGACACAAAGAAGAAAAGCAGUGCUGUGAAGGAGACGAUCCACCACACAUUCCGUUCUCUCUGAGGACACAACUCGAUCAAAGAGAGACGGAUCUGAUCAUCGAUCUUGACAAUCAGACGAAGCAGAAACUGUCAAAUCUACACAUAGAGCAGGUUACCUCUGAAGGCGAGAGUGAACGAUGCAAGUGGACCUCAGACUACAUCAAGACAGUACUCAGAUAUGCUUCGAACUCGGACUUUCUGACACUGGAGAGUUCAAUACAAGAAACAACGAAGACUUACCUCAGAUCAGUUCCACAAGAGCUGCACUGUUCACCUGCAGCCGCAUUCAACAUGAGAGGACUGGAGAAAUUGAAAUCCGACAUUUCUGAGUUUGGGUCUCUCGUUAGAGAUGGAUCAACAUCUGAUGAACACACUCUGACAGACAGAGGUACACAGACAGAUGAUAUCCAUCUACCUGACCCGGAGAACACACUCACGCAUCUGAAGCUUCCGGAGGCUGCUAACGAUCCAGCACCACUAACACAGUUUGAUGCGGGGACUAAAACCUACAGUCUGGAAACAGGAACAGGGACCAAGUUGACACUGCAGUGUGAGUAUAAUCAGUUACUUGCUUGGCGACGUUCACAGCUUGAUGUUAUGUCAUUGUGCGCCCACAAACAGGAUAGGUUACUGGAUGAAGCGCUCUUUCCUGACCUGUAACCACAGGAUGCUGUCCAGGU